AUGCCGGACUCUAGUCAAUAUCGGUCACCGGAGAUCACGGAACACCCAGCUGACCUUCUGGUGCCGAAGAACGAGCCAGCGACCCUCAACUGUCAUGCUGUAGGCAGACCUGAACCGGACAUCACCUGGUACAAGGAUGGCCAACCUUUCGACCUACACAAAGGGCGUCACGUACAGCUGGACACAGGAGGCUUGUUCUUCCUGAAGGUGCUGCACACGAAGAAGGACAACGAUGCUGGGGUGUAUUGGUGCGUCGCCUCUAACUCCGUCGGGAAGGUCACCAGCAGGAACGCCACGCUGGAGAUAGCUGUGUUACGUGAUGACUUCCGGUUGGUGCCAGAUGCGACGAGAGUAGCUGAGGGGGAGACGGCCAUGCUGGAGUGUUUACCCCCGCGAGGCAACCCUGAACCUGUGGUGUCCUGGGAGAAAGAUAGCGUGCCCCUCGACCCUGCCACCCAGCAUAGGUAUCGCGUGGUGGACGGAGGCAGCCUGGUCAUCAGCGGAGUGCGGGUGUCAGACUCAGGCGAGUACGUUUGCCGCGCAGUGUUUGUGAAGAGACGCCUCCCGCCACGCUUACCGUCCAGGCGGGGGCAUGGGUCCACGGUGGAGCUGGUGUGUCGUGUUGGGGGAGACCCGCCCCCGGAGGUAUUCUGGCGGCGUGUAGAACCCCCGGGGGAGUUGCCCCUGGGAAGGAUGGCCCUGGAGGAGAACAGCCAGGUGUUGAGGAUUCAUCACGUGGCGCCCGAGGACCAGGGCGUGUAUUCCUGCCAAGCUGAAAACCCUGUAGGCUCCGUCGCCGCUAACAUCACCCUCAAUGUCCACUCUCGCCCUCUCAUCACUGUGACGCCGCUGGACGCCCGAGUCGGCAUAAACGGGACGGCAUCGUUCGAGUGCGCCACAUCUGGGUCGCCUCCACCCACUACUUACUGGACUCACGAGGGGUCUGGCAACGUGGUGGGGACCGGGCAGACGUGGGGCGGCGGUCGAUGGUCCGUCGACGCCCACAACACCCUCACCAUCCGCGGGGUGAAGCGGGAUGACCAGGGCUACUAUGUGUGCUCGGCCGUGGGCGUCGCCGGGUCGGCCCUCGCCCGCGCCCAUUUGAGGUUCAGGACCUGGCCGACAUGCCCCCCUCAAUGUGCCUUGGGUGCCUCCAACCAGACGCUGCCUUUGGGUACGGAAGGCGAGAUGCCCUGUGAAGCCCGGGGUACGCCGGAGCCCACAGUGGUAUGGGAGCGGGCAGGUAAACCUAUUACACCUGAUGAUCGAAUCUCUAUCACUCCUCGAACACUGAGAAUUAAAGAAUUAAAGACGUCGGACACUGAUGUGUACACGUGCAGCGCCAAGUCAGAAGCGGGAGAGACCACGUGGACGGCCUCUCUAAUAGUCGCUAAGCCCACCAACCCCAACGUGGCUUUCUUUAAAAUUCCGGAUGAGGGGACGCUACCUGAAGCCCCGGGACAAGUGAUAGUGUUAGGCGUGAACACGACGGUAGUGUCGUUGGGUUGGCGACGCGGCCGGCCAGGGUUGUCGUCUCUGCUGGGCUACACCGUCCAAAUGUGGAGCCCUGACCAGCGGGGCGCCUGGACCACUGCCUCCACCCAGCAGACGGCCACCUCCAGCCACACCCCCACGCCCGUCUCCCUCACCGUUACCGACCUUCGCCCGGAGACACGCUACAUGUUUGUGGUCCGUGCCCGUAACUCCCACGGUGUGUCGCGCCCGUCCCCCGUCACCCACACCGUGAAGACGCUGGCCCAGGGGGCUGGGGGCGCGCCGCCUCUUCAUGAAAUUAGGGCGCGUCUUUCCCAGCCCGCCGUCCGCCUCGUCAGUGUAGAACCAGCCUCUGCAGCGUCACUUCAGUUGUCGUGGCAACUGUUAGUAGACUCGGCAUUGCUAGAGGGUGUCUAUGUGCGCUACCGGCCGCUGGAGACUGAACAUGGCAGCCCUGCUGGUGGUCUCAGCGUCGAAACUGUCCCCUUCCACGGCAACGGUCCCCCGCCGACCUCCCACGUGGUGAGCAAUCUGCGGCCCGCUACCUGGUACGAGCUGUUCGUGGUGCCCUUCUACCGCUCAGUGGAGGGUCAGGCCACCGCUGCCGUUCGGGCCACCACUCUGGAGUCGGCCCCGGCUGUGCCCCCGCUGGGCCUUCAUUACUCCUACAUCAACGCUACCGCCGUCCGCAUCACCUGGGACCCCAUCCCUGCCCACUCUUCCAACGGCCGCAUCACCGGCUACAACCUACAGGUAUCGGAUGCUGUGAACCAGAGCCACGUGGUGCUGAACACCACGGUGAACAGCACAUGGACGCUGGUGCCAGGGCUGGUGUUGGGCGCCACGUACCGCGUCACACUGCGGGGCGUCACGGCCAGGGGUCCCGGGCCCAUCUCCACCCCCUUGAACCUUACCAUUCCCCCGGGUGCCACCUCCUACCCACCAGACAUUAAGGAGUCCUCGCCUUUCGACAACAAUACCUACCUCAUCGUGGGCAUCUCUGUGGCCGCCGCCGUGCUCUUCGCUGCUCUGGCCGCCACCGUCUAUUGUAUCUACAGGCGCCGCCAGAACAACAAGUGUCCACAGUACUACAGUAAAGCCUUUGUGCCUCCAUCAGGUGAAGGCAGCGGGCCCUGGUCGGAGUACCCUGGGUGCUGGGGUGAGACAGGUGUUGGUGUUGGCGUGACUGGCACGAUGUACACAGAUGUAGGGAGUCAUGGUGUGCCCAUCACACAGCUAUACCACAGACCAACGGCUCCAGCCUCCAGCAAAAGUGGUUACGAGGGGCGCCAACCAGAGGAUGUGUACGAGGACCCGGACGGCCUCAGGCUCGUGUCCUUCGGUGGUCACGUCGACCCAAGGCCCAGAUGUAUGUCGCCGGAGCCUUACGCCACCACGCCACUUAUCAGGGACAUUUUUCGCGGGCCCGGAGGUAAUCGCCUGCCUCCUAACAUCCCAGUCAGCCCCGGCCAGUCCCCUCUGCCCAACAAGCCUUCCUCUGACGACUCGUGCACUAAGACAGCCUCCAGCGACCACAGCGGCAGCCACGCCAGUCACCGCUCUCACAACUUCAACACCCAACCAGAGAAAGGUUCUCUGACGGGUCCUGUGUUGCAGUUCCCUCCUCCUCCUCCGCCGCCCAUCAUGGGUGGUGAUCAGUCCAGCGAUAAUACUCUCGCUUCCACCGGCAGCCGUGGUCAGUCUCCCUCCACCAGGCUACUGCUUCAGCAGCUUCCUUAUGGUGGUUCUUCUUCUGGGGGCUCACAUAGGUCGCACGGCAGCCCCUUGUUGGGCCCACGCCCCCCACGAUCCAAUCUGCGUGCCCCACCCUCCCCCUUGGCCGGCCACGGAAUGACAGGCACUGGGGACUACGAGGUGCGGCUGAUGAAUAUGCGUGGGCCCCACCCAAGGUUGGAGGGUGACGAACAGCGCUACCGGACCGAACUGGGUACUGAAGACGGUCCCAUGGGACUCAACAUCCCCGAGGAGGCGAGCGACGUUGAGUGGUACUCUCAGCCUCUACUCAACGGCCGCACCUCGCCCGAAUCCUCGACGCUAGGUGACGCUGAAUCUGAGGACGAGUCCCGCUGCUCCUCGGGCGGAUCCUGCUGUUCGGCCGACCACCCUCUCUCUCACGCUCAGGAUCUUAAUUGGGCAGAGGCACUGAGGGCAGCUGGAGAAGCCAGGUGGGGGCGCGGAGGUUCUUUCUGCAGCACUGAUGACAGCACCUACGCGCCCACGCAGUCCCUGCAUGCACGCCCUCCCAGGCCUCCUUGCCCUAAGAAGCACAAGCCACGCCUACAGUACAAUCACCACGCCAACCUUGACCCCCAAACCUCUGUGACCUCACCCCUCGUGUAGGCAGAUGGGGUCAUAGAUGUCAGGCGUUUCGAGUUGUGAAUAAUUGUUGUUGACGCAAGAUAAAGACACAUGACCUGUACAUAAGAUGUAUUUUAUUACAGUGAACGCUAGUCCAAAAUACAUCGCUGUGCUUUGUGCUUGAAAUACGAUAUUUUGUUGUCGCUGUGGCAACACUCACAUAUAACUUAGUGGCCUUCUGUUCUGUGCUCGUCCUCUCACCAAUGGACAUUUCUUUGUGAAGACUCUCAAGAGGGAAAGACUAUUGCGGCAGCCCCAGUGAGGUCUUUAAUUCAGAGCUUUAUCUCCCAGAAAAACAAACAAACUUUUUGUGUGUAAAAUUAUAAAGCAAUGUUAUACGUGUAAACACUAUGGAUAAAUACGUGUAUAAACAGUGUAGUUGGCGGAGACUGAAGUGGUAGACCACAGUACAGCAGCCUGGCCACCACUGUCUCCAUGUUUGAAAACAUAAUUUCCUUACUGAAAAACAAAAAAUAUGCCCCUCGCCUUUCAUCCUGAUUUCUGAGCGUUUUGGAAAUUUUUUAUAUUGAAGUGGAAGCAGUUACAGUGUGUAGUCAGUGGCUGUAAAGUUAGUACACUUCCACUUCGGUUUUCAGGUGCUUCAUGUCGCUUGUCUUUGGUGAAGCCGUCGAUGUUCAUUUGUCCGUGACGGAGUGUGUAUGGGUAGGGGGGGGGGGAGUUUGAUAUCUCUUAGGCGAGACAAAACAAUGGCUGUCGUUCCCCUGUGCUUACUCCCUCCCGUUUUUUGUACAUCACCAAGAUAAUAACCAUGUGCUCUCGAUGUUUUGUAUCCUAGUGUGUUCGAGUUGAUGGGUCGUGGCGGGGAAAUGUUCCAACCAUCUCUGAAAAGAACCAUCCAGCGGUCGGUUGUUGAGGCUGAACUGGAGAGGUUGUGGGAGUUGCAGUCUGCUGUGUGACAAGGAAAUAUUCCUCUCUAAUGCAGAGAAUUUGGGAGCCUACCUCUCAGUUACUAGUCGAGUAGGUUAAUUAGAGUUCAUUCGUGACUGUCGUAGCUUCAUUUUAGUAUAUAAACAGGGCAUCAUAGGAAGAACCAUAACUUAUAAAGUCAUAUUAAGUAAUCUCCCAGAUAUUCUUGUACCGUAUCCGGCAUGGUGAGAGUCAGCUGGAUAGAAAAAGGUUACAUUGAUGUUCGUACAAUAUUUUACGAGCAUCUGUUGCCGGAGGAAUAACAAUCUAGUGUUGCUGAUGGGAAUAUAAGGAACUGUCUCACACAGAUCUGCCUCUUCAACACCUCCAGCCGUCAACAGACUCGGGUGUUAUUCUUACAGUUGGAACUAUAUCCCCUCUGCGUCUCCUACUGAGCCACCCACAGCAGAGUAGUGUUGAGCUACACCUGCCAGGGUUCAUCAUCAACAUGUUUGGGUUCGUGACCAGAGGGACGUGGGCGUCAGUGUGCCUCCCCUCCCAUGGUCUCCUCCGUGACCUCAACACAAGCUGUUGGUACAUACUUGUGGGUGCUAUAUCACGGCUCACGCAUGCGUCUUACGCUCAUGGAACAAGUGUGACGCCCACUUCUCUUAGCAGGUCCAGCAGGGACAUGGUCACUGUCGCUGAAAUACCAGCAGUCAUAUUUAGGCAAUCUCGACCAGUCAUUAAAGUUAAAAUUUCUUGGUAAUAACUUUCAGGACUUGGCAUGUAUAGUGUACCAGGAUACAUGAGUGGUAUUUUGGUGGCUCCUUACUGCAGUAGACAAGAGAGCCUGGCAUGUCCCUGCCUCCAUGUAGGUCGUCACAAUAUGUACAUUUAUCAUCUGAUAUUCAGACCCUUCAGCUGUGAUACAGGAUUAGUCAGUCUGUUGUCUUAACGUAGGCGUGAGUCUACCCCCAGCAGGAGCGGCCGACACAUCUGGACUGACUAGUUACAGUCAGUGGUACUCGUUUUGGCGAAACUGUGGCUGAACUUGCGGCCAUACCUGGCGGGUGACGGUACUCGAGGACCUUUGGUGUUACGUACAUAUCUAUGGUUCAUCCGCACACUAACUUGAGAAUACUCGCUUGUGUAAUAGUUUGUUCAAUCGCACAGUUACCAUAAUUACCGCCCCUGUGAGUAUUAGCACACAGGAGGUGAGUAAGCGUCCACUGGUCCAAAGCUACUUUAUGACCGCACAUACCUACUCCGCCAGAGGCCGCAGGUUGCCGCUGUUCCCGGCUGCCUUGUCUAGCAGGAGGCUGGACGUGGUCACCAAGUUCUACCUGCUCGGUGCUGCUUAUACCCGCCCUUACUGCCGCUGUUGCCUCAAAAUUGUGUCGGCUUUCUUCAUGUAUUAAAUGUCAAUUGCUGUUUUCAAUCGUUUAUGUAUAUUUAUUAUUGUAUGACUUUUUUGGAUUAAUGUAUAAAUUUGUUUGCACUGUGGAUGGUACGGAGAGCAUAAUAAUGCAUAUAAUGCCAUGUCAUACCCCAUCUAUUUUUGCAGGUCCAGUGAUCCUCCAACACUAGAGAAUUGUAUAGAGCAAAUUUAUUGUCAUACAGUGUAGGAGUCAGCGAGAGGCGCCUUGGUGCGCAGGUCAGCUGGGCAGGACGAGUCGUGUGUACAAAGGUAUUUUUAGUCAGUUUGUAUAGGAAUAUUCGAGAGUUUUAUAAAUAAAACAAGUUAAAUGGCA